AGCUAACGCUAACGUUUAUGUUCACGGCAGAUACGUCCAACUGACGCGACCGCUUUGCCGGGCCACGGCUGCGGCUAUCGCCCCCGAUAAUCUGUAGCUCAACGCCGACCGACUGACAGCUCCCAGACUGCACCGCACUGCAGAUCCGCUCCUCCUCCUCCUCCUCCUCCUCUGCUCUGCUCUGGCCAGUGCUGUCCGCAUGCACAGGUCCACGUCCGUGUUGCCGCCAGAUAUGUAUUUUUAUUUUUCUCUUUUUAAGUUAAGCUCACGCUUCGCGUUUGCACAGGGAUCUGUAAUUACCCGUCACCGCCUAAUUCGCUGUCUUUUAAGUUUUGGGUUUGGUUCUUGUCUCUUUACGUGUUUUUUGGGAUAUUCAGCCGAAACCCAACAGAGAUGUCAGCUAACGUUGAUGCCGGAGGAGUUGGGGCUUUUCUAGAGCUGAGAAAACGUCUUCAGACCGGUCUCCUCAUCGUCGGAAAAGAUGUGGCUGGAAGCCCUGCUAAAGUGAGUGUGACGGGAGGAGAUUCUUUUCUCCACAUCAGUACUCCCAGAGGCCUGCUACGCCUAGACUUGCCAGCAGGAGUCAGCCAUGAACAGGGAUCCUGUAUACAAACAGCUGGUGGGGAGUCUGGCCAUGAUGAGCUCCAUUUCAGACUGCGUAUCAGUGUAGACCAAUGCACAGAUGAAGAGACAUUAGAGGAUGUAAUAGAGGGUCUUCAGCCAAAAAAGAGUUAUUGUUUCUACUGCCAGGUCUGCAACACCAGGCUACUACAGGACAGGGUGUUCAAGCGAGUGCUUCCUCUCCCUAAUGGAAACUGGAAUGCCAUUGUGGAUGAUUGGUGCUGUCACCCAGACCCCUUUGCCAACAAGAAGUUGUUGCCUCGAGUUGAAGAUUGUUUACUGGGCGAUACCUUCCUCCUUGUAGCACGAGACAGUAGCUGUGAAGAGACUCUCACUGAGGAAGAAGGCCCUCUUGGCACAGAAGACAGCCAAGAUCCAAAGAAACCAUGCCGCAGAGCAGUGCUCAUAUCCUGCAAGAGCUGUUUGUCAGUGCUGGGAGAGGCUUUAGCACCAGCAACACUCAAGCUUUACAUCACAGAGAUAGUGGUGGAGCCCAGUGUGGGAGACCGCAGAGUAGUGGACUCUCUAAACAGAUUCCUUUUCCUGGAGCGAACCAUAGCAGCCAGGCUACUGGAGCUGUCCAGCAGCCGCAGCAACUUCCACUUCGUUAUUCAGACUCCUGAUGAAAAAAACUUUUUACUGCUAUGGCUGUUGAACACAGACUCCAUCAUAGCGUCUGCCCCAGAGAAAUCUGUCAGCGGUGACAGGCCCGUCUCCCCCAGUCUUCACAAUCCAUCACACAGGGCUAUCAGAGCCCUGAAACUCCUCUACAUAGCCUGCUCCGAUAGAGGCGCCAUGCAGAGAGAAACCAUAAACAGCUGGGAGGUCAAUGUUAUUGGCCAUCUGUUGGUGUUUCCACUGAAGGUUUGUGAAAUGCUGCUUCAGCAGCUGGACAACAGCAACUCCUCCCUGCCCCGAUCACUCCGAUUCAUGACGUCCUUCAAGGUGUCAUACUUGAGGUUGUUAAAUGAGGGAUCAGAGGCCAGAAGCCCCGACUCAUCUGCCACGGAGGAAAUUUAAAGAACACCCAUUUCAGCUGACUUAGGAACUUUGUAUUUUUGUACAUGUUACGUAUGGAUUGUUUGAAAAUUGAGUGCAUUGGUUUGUCCGGCCUAUAGACGGUAACAGGUUCUCAUAGCAUGCUUUCUUGGGUGCUUACGCCAGUAACGAAGGUUUAACGACAAUUUGCUGCCAAAGCCGGUAUACCUGGACACCUAUCCAGCAAUUUAUAUCUGGGAGUACUCUAGUCUUAGAUAUUUAUAGGAUUUGUUAUUUUUUUAAAUCUUGAUAUGUAACUGAAAAGAUAUUGUUUCUGUUGAAAGGUCAAUACGGGGAUAAUUGUAAAUUCCAAAACUUAAUUUUUAGUCUUUGUCAUUAAGAACUGAAUGAGAUUAAAACGCUGGUCAUUC